GAUAAGGGCAACAGCCAACCUGUGGGGUUUUGGGUGAUCCAAGCAGAGGGGAUCCCAGUAUCACCUAACGCUGACACCACCCUUCCAGGGUGCCCAGGAAGGGUGCAGAACUUUGAGCAAGGGAGGCUUCCGUCUAGGAGUGAAGGACACCCAGGAUCCUUUACUUUAACGGAAAAGAAAUCCCUAGCCAAAAAUGUCCUCAUUUUGGGGCGGCCUCUUGGAUAUGACAUCAGGCUCCUUGGCUGGCCUGCACACAAAAGUUGGGUGCUGUUUAGUUUGCUGCCCUCCCUGUCUCCUUCUCCACACACUCAGGCUUAUGUAGGGAUCUGGGGUGGGUGGGGAUUCCAGAAUGUCUCUCGUGGUCUCCGAGCAGUAGAGAGGACCAAAUGACAGCGAGUUCUGCUGGGCUCACAGUUCCCAUGUUCCAGCCCACCUGGAGCCCCCUCCCCUCCCUCUUCAGGUGACUCAGUUCAUCCAUGGCUGCUCGACAGUUACACCAGAGGAGAGAGUACUGGCCGUUCUCUGAAACUGCAGCUUCAUGGUCACUCAGCUCUAGGGUCCACCGUGGAACUCUUUGCAGCCAGUGGCCUUGGGGCAGUCUUUUGUGAAGUCGAGACAGCAGGGGGACUCUGGUGGGUGGUCUACAGGCACUGCCCACGUGGUGCAGUGGCCUUUGAUGGGGUCUUUUGAGAGGGGUGGGGGAUGCUGGGGUGCAAGGGCGGGCCACUCUAUUUGGCAGGCUGAGGCUGUAAUUUGUGAUAUAUAUAGCGGGUGGAGCUGGCCGGCCAGAGGGUAGUGAGGGGCUAUAAGCAGGCCUGGUGCUCAGAGAGCACAAGACUCAGCUAAGAAGAGACGGCGCUGGAACCCAUGGAUACUUCAUAUCCCCGUGAGGACCCCCGGGCUCCAUCAUCCCGGAAGGCUGAUGCUGUAGCCCACACCGCCCUCUCCAUGGGAACACCCGGCCCUACACCACGAGACCAUAUGCUCUGGUCUGUCUUCAGCACGAUGUACCUGAAUCUGUGCUGCCUUGGAUUCCUGGCGCUGGUCCACUCGGUCAAGGCCCGAGACCAGAAGAUGGCUGGGGACCUGGAAGCUGCAAGGCAGUAUGGCUCCAAAGCCAAGUGCUACAACAUCCUGGCUGCGAUGUGGACGUUGGUGCCCCCACUGCUGCUCCUGGGACUGGUGGUGACUGGCGCCUUGCACCUGUCCCAGCUAGCCAAAGACUCUGCGGCUUUCUUCAGCACCAAGUUUGAUGAUGAGGACUAUAACUGAGAGUUCCGAGCCUGUCCUGACCCAAGGACAACCAUGCCAGGUCACCUGUGCCCAACACCAGCUCCCGGGAGUUAUAGCCUACUAUAGCACCUCGAUCCCUGCCCAACCAUGACCUCAGAGGCCACCCUCUUGUCCACGAUGUGCAUUCAAUGCUGACCCACUCGGAUCCCUCAGACUUAACCUCUAGCCUAGAGGGUCCUCAGUGCCUGGCUUUGCCCCCUUCCCCCACUCACCAGACUGAGCCUCCUUUCAUGAUUAAAAGUGGCAGAUUCCAGAAAA